AUGGCACUGCGUCGCUUUUUAGCUUAUCAUCGCAGAAUUUCCGCGAAUUUUGCAAUAUUUGAAGUGAAACAUAGUAAACUAUACACAAAUUUUAGCAAGACUUCAAAAUUCAGUUCAGCUAAAAGAAAAUUGUGCCCAAGCGCAACCGUGUUCACUGCCCCGUGGAAUAUGACCUUCGAGUACCCAGAAGCGAGAAGAGAUGAGACCGUGGUCGAUGACUACCAUGGAACCAAGAUAGCAGAUCCUUACCGGUGGCUGGAAGACCCUGAUUCAGAAGAGACUAAAGCUUUUAUUGAAGCUGAAAACAAAAUUACCCGUCCAUUUCUCGACUCUUGUCCAGUGAAGACUGACAUUAAUAACCGCCUUACAGAAUUAUGGAACUACCCCAAAUAUUCAAGCCCGUUUAGAAGAGGAAAUCGUUACUUCUUUUUUAAAAACACAGGACUUCAAAAUCAAAAUGUUCUUUAUAUGCAAGAGAGCUUAGACCAGGAGCCAGUGGUGUUUCUAGACCCCAACACCCUCUCGGAGGACGGCACUGUGGCUCUCUCGGGCUACAGGUUCACUGAGGACGGCUUGACCUUCGCAUACGGCCUCUCCGCCAGCGGGUCUGACUGGAUUACGAUACAUUUGAAAGAUGUUCUCACUGGCAAAGAUUACCCGGAGGUGUUAGAAAAGGUCAAGUUCGCGUCAAUGGCGUGGUCGAAGGACAACAAAGGACUUUUCUAUUCACGGUAUCCGGAGCAGACGGGCAAGACGGACGGCUCGGAGACGGAGGUGAACCGCGACCAGAAGCUGUGCUACCACCGCCUCGACACGCCGCAGGCGGACGAUGUCGUCGUCGUAGAGUUCCCGGAGGAGCCCUUGUGGAGGAUCGCGGGCGAGGUGUCGGACUGCGGGCGCUACCUGAUCGUGACGCCGGUGAAGGACUGCCGCGACAACCUGCUGUUCUUCGCGGACCUCAGCAAGACGCCCGACAUCUCCGGCAAGCUGCAGCUCACGCAGAUCGUGCACGAGUUCGAGGCUGACUAUGAGUAUGUAACCAACAAUGGCUCGGUGUGUAUAUUCAGAACGAAUAAGAAUGCGCCCAACUACAAACUCAUCAAGAUAGAUCUCAACAACCCCACUGAAGAGAACUGGGAAACUCUUAUACCGGAACACCCCCGAGAUGUGUUGGACUGGGCGGCGCCCGUGGACAACGACAAGCUGGUCCUUCACUACGUCAGAGAUGUGAAGAGCGUCCUCCAAGUGCACACGGACGCGGGCGAGCUGGUCCAGGAGUUCGACCUGGCGGUGGGCUCCAUAGUGGGCUUCUCCGGCAAGAAGGAACAGCACGAGAUAUUCUACCACUUCAUGUCCUUCCUCACGCCCGGCAUCAUAUACCGCGUAGACUUCACCACCGGCAGCCCUUACACGCCUACUGUGUUUAGAGAAGUAGAAGUGAAAGGAUUCGACGCGUCGCAAUACGAGGCUAAGCAGAUAUUCUACUCCAGCAAGGACGGCACCAAAGUUCCUAUGUUUAUUGUUUCUAAAAAGAAUUUGCCUCGCGACGGCUCCAAUCCGGCCCUAAUCUACGGCUACGGCGGUUUCAACAUCAACGUGCAGCCGAGCUUCAGCGUGACGCGGCUGGUGUUCAUGCAGCACUUCAACGGCGUAGUGGCCAUCCCGAACAUACGCGGCGGCGGCGAGUACGGCGAGCGAUGGCACAACGCCGGCCGUCUACUGAACAAACAGAACGUGUUCGACGACUUCCACGCGGCCGCUGAGUACCUGGUACGUGAGGGGUACACGCGCGCCGCGCUGCUCACCGCGCAGGGCGGCUCGAACGGCGGCCUGCUCGUCGCAGCGUGCAUCAACCAGCGGCCCGCGCUCUACGGCGCCGCGAUCGUGCAGGUCGGAGUGCUGGACAUGCUGCGGUUCCAGAAGUUCACAAUCGGACACGCGUGGGUGUCGGACUACGGCAGCUCCGACAACAAGACGCAGUUCGAGUACUUGCUCAAAUACUCCCCCUUGCACAAUAUACAGCCACCUGAUAACGUGAGCCGCGCGGAGUACCCGGCCACGCUGGUGCUGACGGCGGACCACGACGACCGCGUGGUGCCGCUGCACUCGCUCAAGUUCAUCGCGGCGCUGCAGCACGCCGUGCGCGCCGCGCCGCAGCGCCGCCCGCUGCUGGCGCGCGUCGACGCCAAGGCCGGCCACGGCGGCGGCAAGCCCACCGCCAAGAUUAUCGAUGAGCACACAGAUAUAUUGUGCUUCAUGACACAAGCCCUUGGACUUAAGUUUGAGAAA